AUGAAUCGAUCGACUACGAUGUCGUCCAUGCCAAUGGAGCUCAAUUUGCCCCAGGUGGUACCCGGGGGCAAACACAUCAGCUAUUAUGUCGCUGUCAGCGCGAUACUAGUAGUGGCUUGGGUUUUUCAAACACGAAAACAGAAGCUGUCAAUACCAUUCUACAAGGCCGCCAAGACGAAAUGGAUGUUCGAUGCCGAGACCUUGAUUCGCGACAGUUAUAGCAAGUUCCGCGACACCGUUUAUCAGAUCAAGGCGACGGAGGGCCUACAGGUGCUGAUUCCUGCAAAGCUCAUUGGCGAACUGAGGAGUCUGCCCGAAGAGGUUCUGAGCGCAACCGAAGCCGUAGAUGAAGCCAUGUUAAGUCGAUAUACCAACUUUACGCUAGGCCAUCAUGCCGACUUGCUCUCUACGCUUGUCCGUUGUAAGCUAUCGCAGAAUCUGGCCAGGCUCGUGCCUCAACUCAAAGGCGAACUUGAAUACGUCGUAGCUACUGAGUUUCCUGACUGCAAGGGUUUAGACUGGACACCGGUAAAGUUCCAGCCGUUUGCGUUACGAGCCAUCGCACGAAUCAGUGGCCGGGCUUUUGUCGGAGCCGACAUCAACCGCCAGGAAAAGUGGAUGGAUAUCAGUGUCAACUUUGCAAUUCAUGUCUUCGUCGCCGUUGUCAAGAUGCAGCUGUUCCCCGAAUGGGCGCGGCCGGUUGCCCAAUACAUGGUCUCGGAGUUGGGGCAGAUUCGGAAGGAUAUUGACCUCGCCAGCGACAUGUUGAAACCAGUCAUCGAGGAGCGUCUCCGCGACUUGGAGAUGCCCGACUAUGAACAAGCACCUGACGACCUUAUCCAAUGGCUAGUGGAGGCACUACCGGUGGAGGAGAAGACAGACAUCAGAGCCCAAGCACAUUUGCAGCUCAUCCUGGCGGCUGCAUCGAUCCACACGACUAACAAUCUCGUCACUGACUGCAUUUAUGACCUUGCAGCCAACCCCGACGCCCAAGAGAUGUUGCGUGAGGAGGCACGCCAAGUACUGGAGGUUGAACAUGGGUGGGCCAAGAAAGAAAGUAUGGCCAAGCUAAAGAAGCUGGACAGCUUCAUGAAGGAGACCCAACGCCUUGCCGGCAAUAUCACCUCCUUCAUCCGUAAAGUCAUCAAGCCCAUCGAUUUAUCCGACGGCACCCACCUGCCCCCCGGCACCAAGCUGCUGGCACCACAGGCCGGCAUCUCGCACGACGAGCGUUAUUUCGAGAACCCGGAUCAAUUUGACGCAUUGAGAUUCUAUAAGCUACGACAGAAGUCCGACGAGGACGCAAACAGGUGGCAGUUCACCAGCAUCAGCGACACCAACAUGAACUUCGGCGCCGGCAAGCAUGCGUGCCCGGGCAGGUUCUUUGCAGGAAACGAAAUCAAGAUGAUCUUGGCGUACUUUCUGCUCAACUAUGACAUAAAGCUCAAGGAAGGAGAAACGCGCCCAAAGCCCACGGUUAUGGUUAUGAGCAAGUCACCAGAUCCUAAUGCGGAAGUACUCUUCCGGCGGCGAACAGCAGCGUAA